UGUGGGUAACGCGGGGCCGCCAGGUGACAGCUAAUGGCGGCGGCCGCCUGACGCGAGUGGCCGAGCGGUGGAGCAGGGCGGCAGGGGGCGGGUCACAGAGCCUGGCAGGCCGCUGCUGUACUCGGGACUGCAGUUCACCGGAGGCGCCGGGCUUGACGCAUCAUGGACAGGCCGUUGGCGGCGGCGGCCGCGGCGGCGACGGGCUGCGAGGGCGCUGGGGGCCCCGGUCCAGGGCCAGCAGCUGGCUGGAGAGCCCCUCGGGUUGUAGGGGGCGCCUCGGCCAGCUCCCGACACCCCAGCAUGGAGACCCUGGACAGUCCUACAGGGUCACAUGUUGAAUGGUGUAAACAGCUUAUAGCUGCUACAAUUUCUAGUCAGAUUUCAGGUUCAGUGACAUCAGAAAACGUGUCCAGAGAUUACAAGGUUUUCAGGAGGCCUGAUACCAGGAAUAUUCAUAAAGCAAGACAGAGAUUGGAGAUAGCGGAAGAACACAAUGGCUACCCUUCUGAAGCUGAAGCUGAUCAGGCUCUGAGGGAUGGAAAUAAACUGGCACAGAUGGAAGAAGCUCCACUUUUUCCAGGAGAAUCAAUUAAGGCCAUUGUGAAAGAUGUCAUGUAUAUCUGCCCAUUUAUGGGUGCAGUGAGUGGAACCCUUACAGUGACGGAUUUUAAAAUGUACUUCAAAAAUGUAGAAAGGGACCCACAUUUCAUCCUUGAUGUUCCCCUUGGAGUGAUCAGCAGAGUUGAGAAGAUCGGUGCACAGAGCCAUGGGGAUAACUCUUGUGGAAUAGAGAUCGUGUGCAAGGAUAUGAGGAACCUGAGACUUGCAUAUAAGCAGGAAGAACAGCGAAAACUUGGGAUAUUUGAAAACCUCAAUAAGCAUGCUUUUCCUCUUUCCAACAGUCAGGUGCUAUUUGCAUUCAACUAUAAAGAAAAGUUUCCAGUUAAUGGCUGGAAAGUUUAUGAUCCAGUGUCUGAAUAUAAGAGACAGGGCUUGCCUAAUGAGAGUUGGAAAAUAUCCAAAAUAAACAGUAAUUAUGAGCUCUGCGAUACCUACCCUGCCAUCAUUGUUGUGCCAACUAAUGUAAAAGAUGAUGACCUUUCAAAAGUGGCAGCCUUUCGAGCAAAAGGCAGAGUCCCUGUGUUGUCAUGGAUUCACCCAGAAAGUCAGGCAACAAUUACACGUUGUAGCCAGCCACUGGUCGGUCCCAGUGAUAAACGCUGCAAAGAAGAUGAAAAAUACCUGCAAACAAUAAUGGAUGCUAAUGCACAGUCACAUAAACUGAUCAUCUUUGAUGCCAGACAAAACAGUGUUGCUGAUACCAACAAGGCAAAGGGUGGCGGAUAUGAAAGUGAAAGUGCUUACCCCAAUGCAGAACUCCUGUUCUUGGAGAUCCACAAUAUCCAUGUGAUGAGGGAGUCACUGCGUAAACUAAAGGAGAUUGUGUACCCUUCCAUCGAUGAGUCACGGUGGCUAUCCAAUGUGGAUGGGACACAUUGGCUGGAAUAUAUAAGGGUACUCCUUGCUGGGGCAGUAAGAAUUGCUGAUAAAAUAGAAUCUGGGAAAACUUCCGUGGUGAUCCACUGCAGUGAUGGGUGGGAUCGAACAUCCCAGCUCACGUCUCUGGCAAUGCUGAUGUUGGAUAGUUACUAUCGGACUAUCAAAGGAUUUGAGGCUCUCAUAGAAAAGGAGUGGAUAAGCUUUGGACACAGGUUUGCACUGAGAGUGGGUCAUGGUGAUGACAACCAUGCAGAUGCUGAUCGAUCACCUAUAUUUCUUCAGUUUAUUGAUUGUGUUUGGCAGAUGACAAGACAGUUCCCUUCAGCGUUUGAGUUUAAUGAGUUAUUCUUGAUAACAAUUUUGGAUCACCUCUAUAGCUGUCUUUUUGGGACCUUUUUGUGCAACUGUGAACAACAGCGCAUUAAAGAGGAUAUAUAUACAAAGACUAUAUCUUUAUGGUCUUAUAUCAAUAGCCAGCUAGAUGAAUUUUCAAAUCCCUUCUUUGUGAAUUAUGAGAACCAUGUGUUAUAUCCUGUUGCUAGUAUGAGUCACUUGGAAUUGUGGGUAAAUUAUUAUGUACGAUGGAACCCACGGAUGAGACCACAGAUGCCAAUUCAUCAGAAUCUCAAGGAGCUGCUGGCUGUCAAGGCUGAGCUACAGAAGCGGGUGGAGGACUUACAGCGGGAGGUGGCCGCACGGACCAUCUCAUCUUCCUCCGAGAGGGGCUCCUCACCUACCCACUCAGCUACUCCUGUACACACCUCAGUGUGAUGAGCAAGGCCAGUGUUCUGGGCCAUCCUGCUGCUCUACUGUCUUCCAGCAGCUCAGGGACCUGGCCACUGAUGUAUGGUUCUACCUUGUCAUCUUAGGAUUAGGCCCAGGGACCAUUUGUGUGGCUAGGUGACAGCUCCUAUUAUUAACAAGUACUUCUGUUAUGUGAACAGCCUGUGACCCUUUUAAAGGCAGUCUCAUAGGGAAGAAACAUUUUACACCCACCCUGUGAACUACCUUUGUCUUGUACAGGUACCUUGGAAGAAACUAGAUUGAAUGCAGUACGCUAUUCAGCUUAAGAAAAUCUCACACCACUUCUUUCCAAGUUAAAGUCCUUCAUUAGGAACAACCUGUUCACUUAUAGAACACAUCGACAGCCAUGUGGCUUCUCUCAGCCUUUUGGCACAAUUUAAAAACUGUUUUUAAAUGAAAUGUUAGUGUGGCAAAUGAACCAUUGUCACCUGUUCUACUGUUAUCUUCAUGCAAGAAGUCCUCCUGUACAAUUGGUACAAUAUGUACUGCUGUGUACAUAUAAGGUAUUUUUUAAAGAGAAACAUGCCUUUAUUUUCCUAUGUCCUUUUUUAUGUUUAGAAUAGUUGUCUGAGUCAUCUGCUGAACUGUGCUGAAUGAGAAAUUCUUGCCCAACAGAAUUCAUGCUGACUUCCGUGUGGUACAUUUGAAUUAAUAUUUCAGAUGUGUCAUCUCAGUGGCAAUGCAGUAUUGUCCUCUAACUCUGGUACUUGCCUUUUGAGGUGGCACCACCCAUUCAUUCAUUAGAGGUAACAGCAAGUUCCCUCGGGAUGCACCAGACUAUGAAUGCUCAGUCCUCUGGCCUUGUUGCAGGCAAACUGAGGACUCAAGCAGCAACUCUGUGCAUGUGUUGGCCUCCCCUAUAACAGCUCUCUAAAGGAGCAAGUCUGGCCAUUAGACGGUGCAUCCUAUCACCUAUUACAAUGUCCAGCAUCUGUGUCCAAUCAAGUCUUCUUUCACUUGUUAGAUACCUAGAUGCCUUGCUUUCAUUUAUCACAAUCUCUUCUCAGUUUAUUUACAUGGCUGCCUGUCCAAACUUUAAAGCAACAAAUGUGCUGCAGCUUGUGUUGGAAAGCAUAGCAUGUUCUUCCUUGGUUUUCUUUUCUCUGAGCCAGCCCUGGCUCAUCAGGCCUGUCUCCAUAGUUAACAACUUUGAGCUCUGUUACUCCAUCAGUCCUUCCAGGAAUGAAUUUCCCAUCAGCUCUUCUUUGUGCAGUGCCAGCAUCCCCACUUCCACCACCAUACCCAUUUCUGUGUGUCGCCAAGCCCUUCAGAGUUGGAGAUGUGUUUGAAGCUGUCAGAGUCAGCCCCAAGCACAGGCGCAUCACAUCUUCCUCUGGUCAGUGUCAAAUCACUGGAUGCCAUGCAGCCCUACAUAUUGACCUCCAUUUUCAAAAUGUAUUCAUAAAAGAGUUUUGGGUUGUUUUUUUUUAUAGCUGAAUACAUAGAAAAUAGAUGGUUUUUCAACUUGGAACCUUCUGAUUCUUACAGAAAACUAUCCAACCAUAAGAUAACCAGAGAUAAUUUAUUCAAGAAAGUUUGAUAAGCUAAGAUCAAUUCUCCAUUUUUAUCUUCUGGGGGGAUCUGUUUCUAAUUAUAGUUUAAGUGAUAUUAGCUUUUGAUUUAUGCUCUUUAUAGAUACAAAACCUUAUUUGUAAAGGGAUAAACUGUCAUGCUUGAGGUAGGAGGACUGCUAAGAGUUCAGGGUCAGCUUUGGCUGUACAUUGAGUUCUGGGACAGCUGGCCUGUAUUGUGAAACUUGGUCUCAAAAUCAAUACCAAAAAGAAAAUAACAGGAACUACAUUAUUUUUUCUUCAUAUACUUUUAACAACUGGGAACACUUACCAAUUUUCCCCUAGAAAUUCCAUGAAAUGAAAUUUCCCAGUGACACCAGAAGUGUUGAACAUAGGGUGGCCUAAUGAUGCUUUAACAGUACCAGAGAAGCCAUAGGGGCUGCUGCUUGGUGAGGUCACCUAGCCUGGAACAGGUGGCUGGUGGAGUGGGGCUCUGGCUCCUGGUCAAGCCAUGUCCUCCCAGCUGCAUCCCUAGAAAUUUCCACUGGAUUUUAAAGAAGCACAACAGAGUAUUUCCCUUUGUAUGUUUCUAGCACAUAACUGUUUCUAAAACAACUUGAAGUAUAGUUUUCUUAUCUAAGCGAUUCUUUCAUGUAUGUUUUAUUUAAGUACUAGAAUGUAAAACCUUUAAGGUUCAGGUUUUUAAACAACUAGUACAAUAUUGUAUUUGCCUCAUCUGAUGCACUGUAUUCAAACCUGUAAUUAAAAUUAUAAUGUUUACUCCCUGGUCUUUUUGUUGUCU